AUGAAAUCAAUCCCAAGGAUACCUAUCACAUUUAAUGCUAGGACUUUUUUAGGUCUGACCGGGGUUACGGCGCCUAUUCCCUCGCGACGUAUACACUCAUCAGCAGCAAAAGCGGCCGUUGCGCAUCCCAUAAACGUCAGAGGGCCACCUCCAAAGCCCCCGGCUCCGUCUCCCGAAUUCGUCGAGCGCAUUGAGCGGAGAAAGAAGCAAGCAGACCUCAUACAGCAGGGCAAUGUCGCAGAUUCAGGACAAGGUUCGGCGUCUUCGAAACCGCUGAAAAGGCGAUUUUGGAAGGAUGUGCAUGUUAAGGAGGUGGAUGAUGGGUAUCAAAUCUUCCUAGACUCCCGCGCCGUCCGAACUCCAGCAAAGAAAAUCCUCACGAUCCCCGCUUCAAAACCACAUCUAGCACACGCCAUCGCGCUCGAAUGGGACCUGCUAGUCUCCGCCCAGCAAGCUCUAAAACAGCACUUAAUUCCAUUAACCUCCCUCACGGCAAGGGCACAAGAUAUCGCUGUGGAAGAUGCCGCCGGUCAAAAUACCAUCCGCAACCAAAUAACGAAGGCCACAAUGCGAUAUCUAGACACGGACCCGCUGCUAAGCUGGGCGCCAGAGAAGAGCAUCCAUGAUCCAGAUGGAGCUGCGAGACCUCCAGAUUAG